AUGCAGCUGACCGGGCUGCAUCCGUGGGAAGGCCUGGCCCUGCUGAGGCUGCAGGAAAUGACCCUCUUAGCAGCCACGAGCUGUGAUCCAGAGGACAAUGAGAGGGGGACGGAAGCCUGUUUGUCCCAGCCGGCUUGUCCCUUUGGGUGUGCGCCAGCUGCUGGAAAACACAGCCCUGAAGAUUCAGUGAGGGAAAAAAAAGAAACAUUUUUAAGAGAACUAACAGACCCUCCUAUGGGCUUUAGCCAACUUCAGAGGCCCCGAAGGGUGGCGCCAGGCCUCCAGGCCGGCCCCGGCCGCCCCAGCUUCCCCGGCCGCGCCAAAUCCCGCCGCCGCCGCCUCCCCGGGAGCGGGGCGGAGCAGCUGCCCGCCGCCGCCAACCACCCGGACGACUCCUCGUCGAAUCGCAAACGCAUAGGCCGCCGCCCGAGUUCUGCGUACGAGAAGAAAGACACGGCGCGAGCGCCAACGGCCACCGGGCGCGCGCCGCGGCGGCCGGGCCUGCGCCCCAAGAGCUGGAUGCCAGAGCAGGAGAAAGAGCCGCCAACCGAUCGCUCGAUCGACCGCGCGCCCGCUCCUUCGCCCUACCAGACCGGGAAGGGGGGGAGGGCGCGCCAGGGCUUCUUUGAGUUAGGGGCCUGA